AUGGAGAUGGAUCGAGGUGAGAUUUUUUGGUCCAAUCAACAAAAUUCUUGGCUAUUUACUAUUUGAAUCCACAUCGUUGAGGCUGUUUGUCACUUGGCCAGCUGAUUUUUUUCGGCUAAAGAUUUAUGGCUUUUCAGGCUAAAAAAGAGUGACCAGUAUGUCUGCUUGUUGUUUGAUACGUUUUUUUUUCUUUUUCAAGGCCUGGAGAUGCUAGAUUAUGGAUCGUAUCUUGCACAAUUGCGGAAGUCCAAUUUUUUUAGUUCGAAAAUAAAUUUAGACCCGAUCAGAUACUAGUCCGUUCGCACAGUCGUUGGAGUGAUUUCGGCGACAUUCACUGAGAAAACAAAAGUUUACUUUGCAUUAUGCAAUUUUCGGCCGUUUUCAGUGGCUUUAAAGUGUUUAUCUAGAAAGAAAAUCGCUUUGAAGGGUGCCUUAAACAUUUGAAGUCUAUUUUCAUAUUUCAAACAGUAUGAUUGAAAUAUGAAAAUAUUCUAAGUCAAUAUUGUUUUAUAGAAGAUCAGAAUUCCUCCAAACUGGAUUCCCUGUCCAUGUCCUCGAUCCCAGAUUCCGACUGUUCUCCCUCCGAUUGUUCCAAGACGUCAUCUUCAGUCUAUUCGAAUGAUUGGCCGCAGAAAUCGUCGAUUAUUUCGACUACAGUAUCCUCCACAUCAUCCGCAACGUCCAACCGGAAACCGGAUGGCAAAAUGAAAAUCAAGACUCUGUGUUUGUUGGGGGCUCUCCUGCCCGGAAUCGGAUGCUAUUUCUGCGUCUGCUACACUUAUUUAUUCCAGUUUGACAGAGUUCUGAAUUUCACAUCGACAAAUUGUCCGGAUGUCAUGAGGUGAGGUCGGGAACUUUGAAAGGGAUUUUAGAUUGGAAUUGGAGUCAAAGCGUAGUAUUGUUUCAGUAUAUUCCCACCGAUCAGUUACUCGAUCGGAGUUUGGAAACCGCAGAAGUACGUGUGGUUGAUUGUGAUGGCACUGCAUAUGCCUCCGAGGUUCUUGUAUGGACUGGUGAGUUGAAUGUACAUUUUGGGGGCGUGUUGACAAGGGGAGGUGAAAUUGAUGAGUUAGAAAGUUCACCUUUUUGGCUUUCUUAAUGCCUCCGGUAUGAAAUAUUCGCCGCUUGAGGGACGACGAAGACGUAAACCGAUAGAAACUUUGCUGUCUUCUGCAAAAUUUCAAUUAGAUAUCGCUUUGCGUAGUCUCUAUCAAGACUUUGCGCGUUUAUUUUCUAAAAAGCGGUAGAAUUUGCUAGGGAUUUUACUAGCCAUAAAAGCAGAAAAUCAGAAGAACAUUAAGUUGGGAGGUUUCCUUCAAUCCAGAGAGAUACUAUUCAUUUGCAAUUUACGUCUACCUUUUCCUCAUUCUACACUCCUUUUCAGGCCUACAAAAACCAAUACACGUACGGCCAGUCGACACACAAACAGCUCUGGUGGUUCGAUUGGUUGGUGAAGUUUCAUCUCCGCUUGAUGAUAAUCGAAUCCAUGGGUCUGAUUCUGGUGUCCGUAAUUGAUAUCGAGAGUUCGUUCAUCAUCCACGCCGCUUCUUACGCGUUGUGGAUCACCUGUUUGAACUUUAACAUGCUGUUUAACACGAUUCUCCAGCAUUAUUCGGGGAUCAAAGAGUUGACGGAGAAUGUGAGUCCAAAUUAAAGUACAAUUCGCCUUAUAUUUACCCAUUAUUCAUAUCGAGGCUCACUGUAAAUCGAUUUUGCAGCAUAAAACAACAUUUUAUAUCAAAUGCACUCUGUUCGCAUUCGCCUAUCCCCUCUCGGUGUCCACUGGAUUCUCCUAUGGCACAUAUUUGGCUUACUGUAAUGGAUUUGGUAGGUGCAGAUUAAUAAAGGCCCUUCCAAAUGCCCUUAAAAGAGAGUUUUUUGCAACUCGAAGGAUGGCCCGGACAUUUCGAAAAAACGACCGACCCAGAAUCUUUUGAUAUUUUGCAUAGUUGUUGUACCAUGAUAGCUGAACGUUAGCUCGAAUUUUUAGUUUCAGAAAUUACCGUAUACGGGGGUUACGGUAGGUACAAUUUUUACAAAGAUUGGGUUCGUGUGUAAAAACCGCAAAGAGUAAAGGCACAAAACCUCGCCGUUUUACGUUUUUGACCAUGGGGAACAUUUUCAUAAUUGACAACUUUGCCGUAGGAUGUAGUCUUAGACUACUUUGAAAAAUACCAAGGUACCAUAUUGAAUGUAACUUUUUUGCAGAGAACUUGUCUCAACUUUUGAAACCUCAUAAAAACACUUUGACAUGUAUGUAACAACAUAUCAAAAAUGCGCGAAAAUAAAAGGGGGGGUUUUGGAGUUACGGUAGUUUGAAUGUUGCCGGUACGGUAUAUCAAAAAAUCAUUUUUUUCAAAAUCGGUGUAGAAGACCCGCAAAAAUUGCCAAAACACGUUUUCGACCAUGGCGAACAUUUUUGUAAUUGACACUUUUUUUGUAGGAUGUAGUCUUCGCCUACUUCGAAAAUGACCCACAUACCAUGUGUAAUGUAACUCUUCGGCAUUCUAUUUGUCUCAACUUUUGAAACCUCUCAAAAAUACCUUGAUAUGUAUGGAACAACAUAUCAAAAAUUUAGGAAAAUAAAAGGGGGGGUUUUGGAGUUAUGGCACUUUGAACGUUGGACAUACAGUACACCGAACUUUUUCUGUGAUGCUGACAUCCGAUUUUGAUAGAUUCCACCGUGGUAUGUACACAUGACUCUAAACCGUGGUAAUCGUUACAAAAAAAAUAAGAAAUCACUGAUCUUGUUGUUACAGUAACCACUUAUCUGCGCACGAUGUGUUACAGUAUGCUUAGGACUAAAAUUUUUGAAUUUCCUAGCGAAAAUAGUUUGUGAGGGUCGUACAACACAGAUAAAACAUUACAUUUUGUUUUUAAAAUAAUCUACGUAAAGUUAAGCCGAGAAUAAAUCGAGGUGUACUGUAUGUCCAACAUACAAAGUGCCAUAACUCCAAAACCCCCCCUUUUAUUUUCCUAAAUUUUUGAUAUGUUGUUACACAUAUGUCAAGGUGUUUUUGAAAGGUUUCAAAAGUUGAGACAAGUUGAAUGCCGGAAAGUUAUAUUGAACAUGGUAUCUUGACAUUUCUCAAACCGGUCGAAGGCUGCAUCCUAGAACAAAACUGUCAAUUACAAAAAUGUUCUCCAUGGUUGAAAACGUAUAUUGGCAAGGUUUGCGGUUGUCCUACUCCAAUUUUAGAAAAAAUGAAAUUUUGAUAUACCGUACCGACAACGUUAAAAGUGCCAUAACUCCAAAACCCCCCCCUUUUAUUUUUCUAAAUUUUUGAUAUGUCGUUCCAUACAUGUCAACGUAUUUUUGAGAGAUUUCAAAAGUUGAGACAUGUAGAAUGCCGAAGAGUUACAUUACACAUGGUAUGUGGGUCAUUUUCGAAGUAGGCGAAGACUACAUCCUACAAAAAAAGUGUCAAUUACAAAAAUGUUCGCCAUGGUCGAAAACGUAUUUUGGCAAUUUUUGCGGGUCUUCUACACCGAUUUUGAAAAAAAUGUUUUUUUGAUAUACCGUACCGGCAACAUUCAAAUUGCUGUAACUCCAAAACCCCCCCUUUUAUUUUUCUAAAUUUUUGAUAUGUUGUUCCAUACAUAUCAAGGUAUUUUUGAGAGGUUUCAAAAGUUGAGACAAAUAGAAUGCCGAAGAGUUACAGUACACAUGGUAUGUGGGUCAUUUUCGAAGUAGGCGAAGACUACAUCCUACAAAAAAAGUGUCAAUUACAAAAAUGUUCGCCAUGGUCGAAAACGUAUUUUGGCAAUUUUUGCGGGUCUUCUACACCGAUUUUGAAAAAAAAGAUUUUUUGAUAUACCGUACCGGCCACAUUCAAAGUACCGUAACUCCAAAACCCCCCCUUUUAUUUUCGCGCAUUUUUGAUAUGUUGUUACAUACAUGUCAAAGUGUUUUUAUGAGGUUUCAAAAGUUGAGACAAGUUCUCUGCAAAAAAGUUACAUUCAAUAUGGUACCUUGGUAUUUUUCAAAGUAGUCUAAGACUACAUCCUACGGCAAAGUUGUCAAUUAUGAAAAUGUUCCCCAUGGUCAAAAACGUAAAACAGCGGAGUUUUGUGCUGUUACUCCUUGCGGUUUUUACACACGAACCCAAUCUUUGUAAAAAUUGUACCUACCGUAACCCCCGUAUACGGUAAUUUCUGAAACUAAAAAUUCGUGCUGACGUUCAGCUGUCAUGGUACAACAACUAUGCAAAAUAUCAAAAGAUUCUGAGUCGGUCGUUUUUUCGAAAUGUCCGGCCCUUGUUAUGAGAAGCUUCAAUCUGUAAAAAACUCUCUUUUAAACCCUCUCCUAAUCUCUCCCUUACAGCCUACGCCGCCUUCUCAGUGGCCGAAUAUAUCAUCGUCGGGAUCAAUUCGGCGUUUUAUUUCACGCUGAUCUGGGAGCUGAAGGGCUCUUGUAUGGAGAUCCAUGUGCGCCAUGACUCCCCCGCCUUUCGGAAUGACGUCCAAGCCUAA